AGGGAAGGAGGGGCGGGGCGGCGUUACGUUCCGAGUGCUGCCCACUUUCUUACGUUAAGACCGAAGCGGAAGGAUUUCGCCGCAACCCUGGCUGUCCGCCUGAUGAUGUCUGCUGUAAUUACUGGCGAAACGUCGUACUCGAAUUGUAAAUGUCGUGGAGUUUACUCUCCAACACACCGGGUGUGUGUGCUUAAAAAAACAGCAGCGAAUCGGCACGUUUUUAGUACGCGUCAAACCUGACUAAUUGCCCGCGUGGUCGGGUGGUGUGGCGGGUUUAACGACACAUUAAUAUUUUCGCGAUAUAACCCCAAACGCAACCUCCGUGUUAUGGACACGUUAACCCGACCCUCGUGUAAGAUGGCCGACGAUCUCAUCGCGAGGUGACGUCAUCACAGGGUGACGUCAUCUCGUCGACACGUCGUGAGUGACGUCACCGCGUAAACAAACAAUGGCGGCGGCCGAUGAUCCUGUGGCCGUGUGAGUGUCACCGCCGGCAAAACUUUUCACUUCCCGGCGAAUUUCACCUCAGAGGAGGAUUUUUUUUGUUGUUCUUCUUCACCACCCCCCUUCGUCGAUCGCUUUCUCGGCGCGACGAAGAAGCUCGUUCGGUCUCCCCCGCCCGUCGUUCGUCUUGAUGAUUUUUUUUGAUGGUCGUUUUUUUGAGCUGUCUGACGGGACUCAAAGCGCGAUUAUUUCAAGUUCUCGGAGGUGACUGACACACAGCGAGGAAUGCCUUGCGCGCUGCAAAGAUCGGGGCGACCCCUGCUCUAUGCUUGGGGUCUCGGGGCCACCGCGGUGAACACUGGAGGCCGAGCGCGUGUAGCGUUCGCGGGCUGCUCCCUGUGGCCCUGCCCUUUCCCCAAGCAGCUAUGGCCGCUCCUGCGGCUUCCGACAAGGGCCCUUUCCUUCUCCCCCUCUGUCUCCAGGGCCAAGGAGCCUCCCUCUCACCCACCUCGUUCCCCGCCGCCCUCCAAGCAGCAGGGAGGGCCCACGGGCGGCAAGAAGUCUGCAUCGGAGGGAGGAGGCAAAAAAGGCUCAGCCUCAGGAUCAAAGGCAGGGUCAGGGCUCGGUGCAGGGCUGGGGGCAGGGCUGGGGGCAGGGCAAGGCUCCGGCUCUGGAAAGGGUGAUGGGGAGCAACCUCGCUGUCCUAAAUGCGGGGAUCCCUGCACCCUCGUGGAAACUUUUGUGUCAGCGUCGGCACGCUUCGUCAAGUGCGAGAAGUGCCAGCACUUCUAUUUGGUACUCACCGAUCCCGAUUGGAGGCGAGGGCUAAAGGCGUCCGACGAGGAGGAGGAGGCUCCACGAUUCUCCUACACACAGCGCCCACCACCCCCGCCCAAGAAGAUCAGCGAGUUUCUGGACCUACACGUCGUUGGUCAGCAGCACGCGAAGAAGGUCCUGUCGGUGGCUGUGUACAACCACUACAAGCGCGUGCACAGCAACCUGUGCUCAGUCUCGCAGCAGAAGCAGAAGCAGCAGGAUGAGGCUAGCCCAGCUGAGAUACAGCCGGUGCUACCCCCACGUGAAGUAGAAACUGGAAGGCAGGCAGAUUUUUACAAGCUAACAAAGCUGCUGGAGAUGACGGGGAGCCAGAAAGUUGCGUCCUCGCCACCGACGAUGGGGGGAGCCGCAGGGACGGUGCGCCGGGCGAGCGAGGCCCUGGACCGAGCCAGCGCUGCCGGGAUUCACCUCGACAAGAGCAACAUCCUCCUGAUUGGCCCUACGGGCUGUGGCAAGACGCUGUUGGCUCAAACGCUGGCGCGCUGCCUGGACGUGCCGUUUGCCGUCUGCGACUGCACGGGACUCACGCAGGCCGGCUACGUGGGCGAGGACGUCGAGUCCGUGGUGGCCAAGCUGCUGCAGGACGCGGAGUACAGCGUGGACCGCGCACAGCAGGGUAUCGUCUUCUUGGAUGAGGUUGACAAGAUCGGGAGUGUGCCGGGCAUUCACCAGCUGCGAGAUGUGGGAGGAGAAGGUGUGCAACAGGCUCUGCUCAAGAUGCUGGAGGGUACGGUUGUUAAUGUGCCCGAGAAAAAUUCACGGAGACUCCGUGGAGAGACUGUGCAGGUUGACACAACCAAUAUUCUUUUCAUGGCAUCUGGAGCGUUCAAUGGCCUUGAGAAGAUUGUGAGUCUACGCAAAGACCAAAAGAGCCUGGGAUUCAAUCUGCGCAGCGGGGAUGAUGGGGUCCACGCAACCCUCAUGUCACCGCGACCGCCGCCCUCCGCGGCGUCGGCGGUGCUGCUCGGAGGAGUCGCGUCUGAUGCUCUGUGGGAGCAGCACGAGAGGGAUCUCUUGGUUCGGCAGGCGGAGGCGCGCGACCUCAUCGAGUUUGGGAUGAUCCCCGAGUUUGUGGGCCGCUUCCCCGUGCUCGUUCCGCUGCACGGCCUCGACACGGCGACGCUCGUGCGCAUCCUCACGGAGCCACGCAACGCGCUCAUCCCACAGUACCGCACCCUCUUCAGCAUGGACAAGUGCGAUCUGUUUGUGAAUGAGGAGGCCCUGACUGCGAUCGCUCGCUUGGCCCUCGAGAGGAAGACGGGAGCGCGUGGCCUGCGCUCCAUCAUGGAGAACCUGCUGCUGGACGCGAUGUUUGAAGUUCCCAGCUCGGACAUUGUUGCGGUGCGCGUGGACGAGGACGUGGUGCUGGGUGUGAAAGAGGCAGCCUACAUCCGCACCAAUUCCAAGGAAGGCAGCGCGGAGAAAUUCCAGAGGGGAGCGCUGGAGGAAAGCUGGCAUCGGCAGGUAGACGCUGCCAGCAGCUGACCUCCUCCAUGUGAGAUUUGAGUCGGCACUGCUGCGGCUGGAAGCCACUUGGCGGGCGUGCGCGGUGGGCGUGCGUGCGGGUGGGUGAACGGGGUAAGGCGACGGAUGUAGAGGUGGGGGGGGGGAGGCUAGCCCCGAUCGCCUGGGCUGUUCGUCCAAUUGAAAAAUGAACCUCAACGAGUAAAGUUCACAAUUUAGCGAGUUUGUUUCUAGCGCUAUGGCCCGGGGCACACUUUGGUGAGAGCAAUAGGCAUGUAAUGAUUCACCCAGCCAAGAUUCAGUGGAUGUGAUUUGCGAUCACGAUUCAAUGUUGUUGGGCUAAAUGGAAUCUACAGUGGCUGCAGGGUUUGUAUGAACCAGUCACAGACAACAUUGGAAGUGAUUCUUCACACACACACACUUCAAUGCAUGUAUCAUGAGCGUAAUAAUAUAUUUUAAUGAACAAAUCAUUACGUGCCUAGUAAGCAUCAAAAGUAACAAGUACAUUGUGUCCAAUGCUGUGAUUGCCACCACCUCACGAUUGCUUCAUUCCAUCUGUAUGAUCUCCCAGCAGCAGCACAGUCAACACCUCACUUCCAAGGUGUUUGUAGUCUCAUCACCGCCGUUUGGUAUUAGGGCUUUCAUUGUUAAUUGAAUCGUGGUCUAAAACUUAGGGUGAUGAGGACAAAAAUGCUUGCCUCCCAAGAUGGUUUUCAUGAAGUUAAGUCUUCUUUUCCUGCUUCAGCCACCCACUAUCCCUCGGGGGAAUUGCCAAAGUGAACUGGCUAAUAUAUACUGAGCGUUAAAGACUCUGUGACACCACAAUGGCAGUCUGUUAUGAACUAUGUCAGAAUCCACAUCUUAAAUUCUGAAAAGUUAAUUUAAAAUUGCCAAAUUUAUAUACAUUGUAUUCACGAAUUAUCCGUAUGCAACUAUUAUUUCGCAGAUCUACCUUGCAAAUUAAUCUAACUGGGCUGUAAUUUGGUUAAAUAAAUAUAGGAUGUUGACCUUUGCAAUCAGUUAGGCAAGUAAAAUAAUGUAGGGUAAUUGGUCAGCAGACCCUGCUUUUGCAUCCACCAAAGUCUGCAAUAGCUGUAGUGUGUUGUAUUUUGUAAAACAUUUAUUUUAAUUUCAGUGACUUUAUAAUCUAGUUUUCAUCCAAGAUGUGCACUAAGUGAGAAUUGAGCAGAAAUGGGUGCUACAUUUACACCGGGCGAGCAGUAGCCUCUGUCGUAACGUUAAAGCCACUGGUGUGAGACCGCAUUUGAAUUUCAACCUCAGACUUCCUGAACAACAUUUCCGGAGCUUGGGUCUGUUUUAUGAAGGCGGCAGGAAAUGGCUUUGUGGCUGUGCGCGUUCCUCACAAACUUCAGCAACGCCGUGGAUGCAAAACUAACGUACGCGGUUUCCUCCAGAUAAAGACGAAACACAAUGCACGCCACGCAUGCAAGGGUACAAACAUUUUUACAUUUGUGUCGAGGUUAUUUCGAAUAAAAAGUUUGCCGAUUCUUGAUCAUAAAGUUGGCUUUGCAGCCAUCCAUGACGAUUUAAUUCGACAAGUUUUCAUGGCACAGCUGCUUUUAGAGCCUGAUGUUGUUUAUUUGGUUAUUUGGAGUCAUUAAUCGGGUUUUUAAAAGAGUGAGAGAAAAACACUGAUUGUAUCAUCUCAUAAACUUGAAGACUAGUUAUUUUACUGAGUUUUACGUUGUGCUUUUCAAGUGUUUAUUUUGUCAUUUUGCCAGAUGUUACAAGGUCCUCCACUGUCAAAGGUUUAAAUACAAAUAGGGGGCAACGUUUUGUGAAUGUUAUUCACCACAUCUGGAUUUACCUGGGCUAAAACUUCACCGCUGACACUCGGUGCUUUGCAUUUUGACGCAUGAAACCACAUUGUUGAUUUGUUUUAUUUAAAAAUUAUCGGGAUGGAGGAAACAUCAAAAAUAUUAUUGAACCCUGACAGCACGAGAAUUACAUUGGUGAUACAUGUGCAAGCACCCUAUGUGUUUAGCUAUGUAUGUUUUUUUGUUAUAGUAUUAAAAAGUGUUUGCAUUAUCCGCACAAUGUAAUAGUUGCCUCCUGUACAAGCAAUGUUGCAGGACUGAUUUUUAGAUGGGAAUAAAUUGUUUGAAAAACGUG